AUGAACAACUUGUCGAUGACCUCUAUUGCCUGGUUAACCACCUUGUGGUCAUCCCAUUUGCACUUUCUAGGUAGGUAUUCUAAGUUAAGAGGCACAUCUUCGUCCAGAACAACUUCGGAGAAAGUAGUGAGAGCACUUUUCAGUUGGAUACUCCAUGCUGAAUCUGUAAUCAACAAUACAACAAAAGGGUUUGACAACAUGUAUGCGGCGAACGUAGAUAUAUGGGUGAGUUUGAAGCAGACGAUUUAUAUAAACUGGCAGAGCCUAAUGAAAAUGAUUGGUGCGGGGAUAAAUUUAAUCAAGGCAGCUCUAUCCCCUGUAACCUUGGUCAGCAAUUUGGACCUCCUGCAAGUUACUCUCGAACAAUGCAAUGCAGACAAAGUGGACAACUUACGUUGUGACAUCAAAUACGCCAGAAAUACAAAUAAUAGCGUAUUCAACAUUACGGACCUAGGGGAUCUCCCGGAGAUGACUAAUAUGAGAGAAAUUACAAGUCACACACUUCUUUUGCUGGAUUUCUUGUCAUUGCUCAUGAGGACAUUCAUUGGAUACAAGCUCAACUUUAUGUACAACUUUGACAUCUCAAGGGUAAGUUCUACAAAUCUUAUCUACAUCGACACUCAGCCCGGGUUUGGGGCCCAGCCAAUUAAGUCGGUGGUAUCAGAUGUCAUACGCGAGAUAAACGAGGAAUCUCAACAGACGAAAUCAGCCCUCGCAUUGGCACUUAGCCGGAACAUCGAUACGGUGAACCCGCCGGUACCGACGAUGCAGGACAUGGUACACCGCCACAUGUCACAAAUAUGGGUUGCGGCGUACAGGUAUCAGCACAGAUAUACGUUGUGGUUCUACGAUGCGGAAAACCAAUAA